UUCACUUCCUCAGCUGUUUUUGCAGAGGUAAACAUGUCUGCUGCCGUAACUCCAGCGGUCCCACAACAUUCUACGCAAACGCCGCCUUCAGGAACCGUGGCGUUUGAUUUGUCCCGGCCUCCAGCCAUCGAAGGCUUCAAUCCUCUGCCGGUGUCCAGAAAUGAGACGUUCGUAGAGAAAUUCACGAGGAAAACUAAGGAGAACCCGUUUGUCCCCAUAGGGUGUUUGGGAACAGCAGGGGCGCUGAUGUACGGUCUCCGUGCCUUCCAUCAAGGGAAGAACAGACAGUCCCAGAUGCUGAUGCGGGGACGUAUCCUCGCUCAAGGCUUCACCGUUGCUGCAUUAGUCUUUGGAGUCUUGGCCACAACCUUGAAAUCUAAACAGUAAAGAAAGACUGAAUUGUGUCUGUUCAUUCAAGACCCUGUGUCUCAGCUGAAUGUUAUCAAUUCUGACAUUGUUUGGCUACCACUGUUGGUCAACAGUUUAUUAUUUAAAACUGCAACUUGCUUUUGACAAUAUUUUGCUUCAGUUUCCCUUAAGGUAAUCUAAUUAAACCAGCUCCUUACCAGUCCAAGUUAGUAUGUCAAUGUCAUUUCUUAUGUAAACUGGUUUGAAGCAGAAAUGCUGAUCACUUUUUUUUCUUUCUCGUUGCUUUUCUGGCUGGGUUGGAUUUCCUCUGUAGUUUUCACUGAACUUGAAAUGUGUCUUCCAGUGUAAACAUUAAAUUAAACCCAUUGUCCUAUGUGUAUUUGAGAUAAAAUGGUCAGAAAACUGGG